AUGCCAGAAGACUUAAUCUUAAUGGAUUUUCGGCAUCACAAGAAAGGAUGGUUAUCGAACUUUAAAAAACGAAAACAAAUAAAGGAACACUAUAAGUCAGGUGAAGCGGCAAGUGCACCACUCGAUGAUUUACCAGCAUUUAGAACAGAGCUUAAGUUGUUAAUUGCACAAUAUGAUUUAAAUGAUGUUUAUAAUGCGGACGAAACUGGCCUUUACUGGAAAUUAGAACCAAAUAAAUCUCUUUCCAGCGGUCCUCUUAUUGGUACAAAAAAACCUAAAGACAGAGUUACCAUAAUGCUUGCAUGCAAUGUAACCGGCACUCAUAAAUUGCCAGCUGUUUUUAUUCAUCGAUAUAAAAAUCCAAAGUGUAUUCGUAACAUUGAUAAAAAUACACUACCAGUAUGGUAUUAUUGGAAUAAUGUAUCUUGGAUGCAACGAUCAUUAUUUCAAUCAUGGAUUAAACAACAUGGAACCGAAAUUCCUACUCUUAAUAUCUUAAAUGCAAUUGAUUGGGUUACAGAAUCGUGGAAGAAUGUAACUGAAGAUGUAAUAUACAGAUGUUGGAAACGAACUGGUAUUCUGCUUGAUGAGUUGGAAGAUAUUAAUGAUGAACAACUGGAUGAUGAAAUUGAGAUAGAAAAUGAAAUCGUUCAAUCACUUAUUGAUCAAAUGGUUGUUGAUAAUACUAUCGUAAAAGCAGAAGAUUAUAUCAAGAUUGAUAAUAUUUUAGAAACAAAUGAUAUACUCAAUGAUGAUGAAAUUAUUGCAGCUAUUCAAGAGGCGCCUGAGAAUGAAGAAGAAGAUAAAGAUGAAAGUGAAGCGUUGAUGAUAUCUAACAAAGUCGCUUUAGAAA